AUGGGGCUAGUGAUUCUAACACUCACGCCUCUACUCUCACGCCUCUACUCUCACGCCUCUACUCUCACGCCUCUACUCUCACCCCUCUACUCUCACCCCUCUACUCUCACCCCUCUACUCUCACCCCUCUACUCUCACCCCUCUACUCUCACGCCUCUACUCUCACGCCUCUACUCUCACGCCUCUACUCUCACCCCUCUACUCUCACCCCUCUACUCUCACCCCUCUACUCUCACCCCUCUACUCUCGCCCCUCUACUCUCACGCCUCUACUCUCACCCCUCUACUCUCACCCCUCUACUCUCACCCCUCUACUCUCACGCCUCUACUCUCACGCCUCUACUCUCACCCCUCUACUCUCACGCCUCUACUCUCACCCCUCUACUCUCACCCCUCUACUCUCACCCCUCUACUCUCACCCCUCUACUCUCACGCCUCUACUCUCACGCCUCUACUCUCACCCCUCUACUCUCAUGCCUCUACUCUCACCCCUCUACUCUUGCCGGUCGCUCUCAUCUGUGACCUCACCUCUUCCUCAUCACUCUCCCAUCCUUACUGCAGGGAACCAUGUGCUGUCAUGUCCCAUGUGUCAAUGCUCAUGCUCCCCAUCUUCACUCCUCACCUCACAUCCUCGCAAUCAUGCGGGUCUGGCAUCUGGCAUGCACAUGCGGGUGGGUAUGGGUGUGCGCUCUUCCUCCCCUCUCUCCCCACUUCAUCCCCUAAUUCCUCUCUUCCACGCCUUGGCGCUCCCAAUCUGCCCUCUCACUUCUCAUUCCAUCCUCUCUCCUCCCUGCCCUCCAAUUUCCUCAAGGCAACCAUUCUUUCCUCUCUGUUCUGCCUCUUUCACCCGUGCCCUCGAUUCUCCUGA